AUGCUAACUGGAUCCAAGGAAAAUGUAACAGCUCCGGGAACCGGCCUUGGCAUGAGUAUCGUGAAGCAAAUCGUCGAUUUGUCAGGUGGGGUAAUCGAAGUUCACAGCGAGCUCGGUAGGGGCACAGAGAUGAAGCUUAGCCUACCUCCGGAUGAUCGUCUACGACGAACAAGCGAAUCACCAGAGUUGAUGAUACCAAUACCCGAAUAUUCCAUCGGUGCUGUUCGACGCCGUGCUAAUGGCCGCACGGUUACCAUCCGUGGGUUUGACAAUACGGCAGGGAAAUCAGAUCUCCAGAUAGAAGCGAUCACAAGCUUGAAGGCUUCCAUCGUAAAAUAUGCCGAGGAAUGGUUUAACCUGGAGGUUAACUCUGAUAAUUUGGUUGCUGACAUCGUCAUCUCGGAUGAAUCCGAGUUCCUCAAAUCGACCAAACUCAUAGAAAGCAGUUCGCAGCUAUUACUCAUUCUGUGUAGUAACGGGGCCCGACGCGGUAUCUACACAUCUCAAUUUGAAGUCGGCCAACUUGUCGAGUUCAUCAGCAAACCAUGUGGCCCACAUUGUCUAGCGAAAGCACUACUGAAUAUCCUCGACGCAGAGGACGCUCUGAAAAGGUCGAAAGCCGACCAUGCCAUCCAGGCGGAACCACAGGGUUAA